AUGACAAGCCUCAAAGGUCUCAUCCGCUGCAUUAACGAAAAUGGAGACAUUGCUCGCAUUGCUUGCCUCUACUCACUACGGCUCCUGAAAUCGCCAUCUGGCAACGUCUCCGAAACACCAGCUCGCUACAGCUUAUCCACAUGGCUUACCACAAUAGAGGCAACCAUCGCUCGGAUUCAAAAACGACUCAAGAAUCGGGUGAAGAUUGUCGAAACAGACCUUCAACAUUCCGAAGAGGCUCGUAAUAGCCUUCUCGAACUCGGCACUCGACUUGAAAACUUCUAUGUUCUCGUUCGCUGGGGCUGCCCGGCCCCUACUUAUGGAGACGAUGCCAUAUCUGAAGACAAAGCUCGUGACUUUGUGGAAAAGUUGAAGCCGAUGAAUGGAGAGCUUCUGGAGGCGGAUCAGAAAGUUGCAGCCGCGCUGAAGAUCAAUGCUGAGACUGAGGAUGAAGAUGCUGAGAUUGCAAAGGCUUUGGAGAAGAGUCUGGGUCUCGUUCCUGUAUGGUAA